AGUCGAUUUCUCUCUCUCUCUCUCUCUUCUCUGAGCAACGUCUCUCUCUCGAUAGAGAAAUGGCUCCUCCCUUUGUUUUCCCUCAAAUUCUGCGAGCCCUAGAAGAAGAUCCGGAAGACAAUCACCGCCUCUUCGCUCAAAAUAUCGUCGAUGUGACCUCUCUUCGCCCUUCCGAUCUUGAAGAGUUCGUCAAAGGUGUUUCCUUUGACUUAUCUGAUAGAGAACUCUUCUGCGUCGAAGAUCAAGAUGUUUUUGAUCGUGUCUACUCUUUGGUCAGGAACUUCUUCAGUCUUCCUCCAUCUUGCAAGUGCAAUCUUGUAGAAAGCCUCAGGUCCAAUUUAAGUGUUCUUCUUCCCAAUGUCGACUCGAUCUCCCGGUCUGUUCCGGAUCAGGAGGAUGAAGUUCCAAUCAUUGAUAGGAUCACCUCACAUCGCAAUGCCUUGAAAAUAUAUACUUUCUUUCUCCUCACUAUUGUUAUGACUGAAGAGGCACACAUCAGCUCCAUCGACAGCACAAAGGUUACAGCCCGAGGGAGGAAAAAGCAAGUUGUCCAGUCAUGGAACUGGGAACCUCAGAGGGGUAGGAUGCUCAAUUUGAUUGCAAAUUCUCUUGAGAUCAACCUAUCCUUGCUCUUUGGAUCAUCAGACCUGGACGAAAACUACCUCUCUUUCAUUGUCAAAAACUCCUUCACUCUUUUUGAGAAUGCCACAAUCUUAAAAGAUGCUGAAGCAAAAGAUGCACUGUGCCGCAUCAUUGGAGCAUCUGCUACAAAAUACCAUUACAUUGUGCAGUCAUGUGCCUCAAUCAUGCACCUGAUACACAAAUACGAUUUUUCUGUUGUCCAUGUUGCUGAUGCAGUUGCUAGAGCUGAAACUAAGUAUUCAGAUGGUACGCUGGCUGUGACAAUCAUUAGAGAUAUUGGAAGGACUGACCCAAAAUCCUAUGUUAAAGAUACAGUUGGGGCUGAUAAUGUGGGACGUUUCUUGGUCGAGCUUGCUGAUCAUUUGCCAAAACUAAUGUCGACAAAUGUUGGAGUUUUGGUCCCUCAUUUUGGUGGUGAAUCAUACAAGAUAAGAAACGCACUAGUUGGCGUUCUUGGAAAAUUAGUUGCAAAAGCAUUUAAUGAUGUCGAGGGAGAUAUGAGUUCCAAGUCCCUUCGUCUACGAACUAAGCAAGCUAUGUUGGAAAUUUUGCUCGAACGAUGUAGAGAUGUUUCAGCCUAUACAAGGAGCCGAGUUCUUCAGGUGUGGGCUGAACUUUGUGAGGAGCAUUCUGUUUCAAUUGGCCUAUGGAACGAGAUUGCAUCAAUAUCUGCUGGAAGACUGGAAGAUAAGAGUGCAAUUGUUAGAAAAUCCGCACUGAAUUUACUGAUCACAAUGUUGCAACAUAACCCCUUUGGUCCACAGCUUCGGAUAGCUUCAUUUGAAGCAACCCUGGAGCAGUAUAAAAGAAAAUUGAACGAGCUUGAACCAAGCCUCCCUACUGAGCAUGCAUCAAAAGAGGCAACUUCAGUUGCUGACUCCUGUAGUGGAGAUGGUGAAAUUGAUGAAUUGCAUCUCGAAGCCACCAAUAAGAUGCAUCAAGAUAGUCUAUCUGAUAGCUGUCAGCAAGAGAAUGGAGAAGAAAUCAGUGAAAAGGAUGUUUCUGUUCCAGAUAUUGGCAACCUUGAGCAAACUAAGGCCUUGAUUGCUUCCCUUGAGGCUGGAUUGAGGUUCUCGAAGUGCAUGUCAGCUAGUAUGCCGAUCCUCGUUCAAUUAAUGGCUUCAUCUUCUGCCACUGAUGUUGAGAAUGCUAUUCUCUUGUUGAUGAGGUGUAAGCAGUUCCAAAUUGAUGGCGCAGAAGCUUGUCUCCGUAAAAUUCUGCCUCUGGCCUUCUCUCAGGAUAAGUCUAUCUAUGAGGCAGUAGAGAAUGCUUUCAUCUCAAUCUACAUAAGGAAAAAUCCAAUUGACACGGCAAAACAGCUGUUGAACCUUGCCAUAGAUUCGAAUAUAGGAGAUCAGGCAGCACUUGAGUUUAUUGUUAAUGCUUUAGUGUCAAAAGGCGAAAUAUCUAGCAGUACGGUAUCGGCUCUUUGGGACUUCUUUUGCUUUAACAUCAAUGGGACAACUGCAGAGCAAAGUCGUGGGGCUCUAUCUAUCCUUUGCAUGGCUGCAAAGUUGUCUCCUAAGAUUCUUGGAUCACACAUACAGGAUAUUCUUGAUAUAGGGUUUGGCCGUUGGGCAAAAGUGGAACCUCUACUUGCCAGAACUGCAUGCACUGCUAUUCAGCGGCUUUCUGAUGAAGAUAGGAAAAAGUUAUUGCUCAGCAGUGGCAGCCGAUUGUUUGGUAUUCUUGAAAGCUUGAUCACUGGAAACUGGCUUCCAGAAAACAUAUAUUAUGCUACUGCUGAUAAAGCCAUAAGUGCCAUAUACAUGAUCCACCCAACUCCAGAAGCCUUGGCUUCUACUAUUAUUAAAAAAUCCCUGGGCACUGUGUUUGAUGUAGUUGGACAAGAUGAAGCACAGACUGAUACCGAAAAUAGUACAGUUGAUAUUUUGACUCCAAUUCAAAUAGCAAAACUCAGUAGAUUCUUGUUCACUGUCAGUCACAUUGCUAUGAACCAGUUGGUGUAUAUAGAAUCUUGUAUCCAGAAGAUCCGGAGGCAGAAGACCAAAAAGGACAAAGCGGCUGCUGAAAGUCAGAAUACAGAUGAAAAUCUUGGGACCACACAGGAGAACAAUAGCAUAAAUGCUGAACUGGGACUUGCGGCCUCUGAUGAUGCACUGCUUGACACACUGGCUGAAAGAGCAGAGAAAGAAAUUGUUUCUGGUGGUUCUGGCGAGAAGAAUCUGAUUGGGGAGUGUGCAACUUUUCUGUCAAAGCUUUGCAGAAAUUUUUCUCUGCUGCAAAAGCAUCCUGAACUACAAGCUUCCGCAAUGCUUGCACUAUGCAGGUUUAUGAUUAUUGAUGCAAGUUUCUGCGAAUCCAAUCUCCAGCUUCUCUUCACAGUUGUUGAAAAUGCACCGUCUGAUGUUGUCCGGUCAAAUUGCACCCUUUCCCUUGGAGACUUGGCAGUUCGUUUUCCUAAUCUUUUAGAGCCUUGGACAGAAAAUAUGUAUGCCAGGUUACGGGAUGCUUCAGUUUCUGUCAGGAAAAAUGCUGUCCUGGUCCUUUCACAUCUUAUAUUGAAUGAUAUGAUGAAGGUGAAAGGGCAUAUUUAUGAAAUGGCUAUAUGUAUAGAAGAUGAUGUGGAGAGGAUCUCUAGUCUCGCAAAACUAUUUUUCCAUGAACUGUCUAAGAAAGGAUCGAAUCCCAUAUACAAUCUACUUCCUGAUAUACUUGGGCAGCUAUCCAACCGUAGUUUAGAGAGGGAGUCAUUCUGUAAUGUCAUGCAAUUCUUGAUCGGCUCAAUCAAAAAGGACAAACAGAUGGAGGCUCUGGUUGAGAAGCUUUGCAAUAGAUUUAGUGGAGUCACAGAUGGAAAACAGUGGGAAUACAUUUCCUAUUCUCUUUCACUGCUGACAUUCACAGAAAAGGGAAUAAAAAAACUUAUCGAGUCAUUCAAAUCUUACGAGCAUGCUUUGGCAGAGGAUUUGGUGACCGAAAACUUCAGAAGCAUAAUCAAUAAGGGAAAGAAAUUUGCGAAACCAGAACUCAAAGCUUGCAUCGAAGAGUUUGAAGAGAAGAUCAACAAGUUCCACAAGGAGAAGAAAGAACAAGAAGAAACCGCAAGAAAUGCUGAGGUUCACAGAGAGAAAACCAAGACCAUGGAAUCUCUUGCUGUCCUCAGCAAAGUGAAAGACGAACCUGUAGAAGAAUAUGAUGAAGAUGAAGACGUUUCAGACAGUGAAAUCGUUGAUCCAUCAAUGGAAGAAUCAGGCGAUAAUUUGAUUGCAACUGAGUCCGAGAAUGAGGUAUCUGACUCAGAGGAUGAGCCAUCUGACUCGGAGGACGAGCCAGAUUCUGAGGAAAAUGGAACCCCAAAUCCUCGUUCCUUAAACCAAAAGACUAGCGACGGUGAAGAAGGCGAAUCAGAAAGUAAGAGUACAGAGUCAUCGAGCAGCAUUAGGAGAAACCUGAGGUCAGGAAGUAGAAGUUAAAGAAACAAUUGUGUAUAUGUAGAGAGAGAGUGUGUGUCUGGUCAAGUUGCUCAACAUCUCGAGAGCUAUCUUAUAAACUACGUCUCUUUUGGUUACUACUUUGGUUAGAGGAUUCAGUUAAAAUAUGAAGGAAGAAGUAAAUCAGAGGAUUAAGACUUCAGAUAUUGAAGCAUCGACCAUAAUUAUUUGUCUAGUGCUGGUUUAGUAGUGACGAUCUGUAGCCAAAUCUUCCAAGUACGCAAAAACUCUUCUCUUGUAGCCAAAAUCUAUAUAACAUGAAUUAAUUUUGUAUCAAAUUCUUUUUUGUUUUACAUUUUUUUUGGGGCA